UUUGCCUGGGCGGGUUUCUCCAGGGGUUCACUGGGUUGGGGGGCUGUCUCUAAGGGCUUCAGGUCCCGGAGAGACGCCUGCCACCCUUAGCCUGCUUCCAGGUGGGCUGCCGUCGGGUCUCGGCACCCUCUCUUCCCGUCUCCCCUAACCAUGACCGAAAUGAGCGAGAAGGAGAACGAACCGGAUGACGCUGCCACCCACACCCCCCCGGGGACCGUCUCUGCCCUCCAGGAAACCAAGCUCCAGCGGUUCAAGCGCUCUCUUUCUCUCAAGACCAUCCUCCGAAGUAAGAGCGUUGAGAACUUCUUAUUUCGCUCCGGCUCUGAGCUUAAGUGCCCCACUGAGGUGCUGCUGACGCCCCCGACCCCGCUGCCCCCUCCUACCCCACCACCAGCCUCCGCAGACCGGGGCCUGCCCACCCCCACCCCAUCCCCCUGCCCAGUCCCACGCCCCUUGGCACCACUCAAACCAGUGAGGCUGCACAGCUUCCAGGAACACGUCUUCAAGCGAGCCAACCCCUGUGAGCUGUGCCACCAGCUCAUUGUGGGAAAUUCCAAGCAGGGUUUGCGGUGUAAGACAUGCAAAGUCAGCGUCCACCUCUGGUGCUCCGAGGAGAUCUCCCACCAGCAAUGCCCAGGCAAGACGUCCUCCUCCUUCCGCCGCAACUUCAGCUCCCCACUCCUGGUACAUGAGUCUCCACCAGCCUGUGCCAUGAGCAAGGAGUCCCCACCCACUGGGGCCAGCGGGAAGGUAGACCCUGUGUACGAGACCCUGCGCUAUGGCACCUCCCUGGCCCUGAUGAACCGCUCCAGCUUCAGCAGCACCUCUGAGUCCCCCACAAGGAGCCUGAGCGAGCGGGAUGAGCUGACUGAGGAUGGGGAGGGCAGCAUCCGCAGCUCAGAGGAGGGCCCUGGCGACAGCGUAUUCACACCCCCAGCCGAGAGCGAAGGGUCAGGACCAGAGGAGAAGAGCCCAGGACAACAGCCCCCCAGGCCUGCCCUCCGGAAAGAUGUGGGGCCCAUGUACUCCUACGUGGCGCUCUACAAGUUCCUGCCCCAGGAAAAGAAUGACCUGGCCCUGCAGCCUGGAGACCGGAUCAUGCUGGUGGAUGACUCUAAUGAGGACUGGUGGAAGGGCAAGAUCGGCGACCGGGUUGGCUUCUUCCCAGCUAAUUUUGUGCAGCGGGUGAGACCAGGCGAGAACGUUUGGCGCUGCUGCCAACCCUUCUCCGGGAACAAGGAACAAGGCUACAUGAGCCUCAAGGAGAACCAGAUCUGUGUGGGUGUGGGCAGGAGCAAAGAUGCUGACGGCUUCAUCCGCGUCAGCAGUGGCAAGAAGCGGGGCCUGGUUCCAGCCGAUGCCCUGACCGAGAUCUGAGAGAAGCCAAGAGAACCC